GAGGGGACAAACUCACCUCCUCUCGGCACCGCGAGGCGCGGCUGUCCCUCCAGCAGUGGCCCCGACAUCUCCUGAGACUGCUGCCCCGGACUCGUGCUUCCUCCUUUCGUCCCCCUUCCCAAAGGAGUACCCUUCCCUUCACCCCACACCUUGCACGUGAACUUCUUGUCUGAGGACUAUAAAGACUAACUAGUUUGAAAAUGGAAAAUCGAGAACCAGCGAAUUCUUCUCAAAAUAUCAAACAGUCUAUUAUCUCAGAGGAGUUAAUUGCAGAAGGAAAAUGGGUCAAGCUUGAAAAAACAACUUACAUGGAUCCUACUGGUAAAACAAGAACCUGGGAAACUGUGAAGCGGACAACCAGGAAAGGACAGUCCGCUGAUGGUGUGUCGGUUAUCCCGGUGCUGCAGAGAACUCUCCAUUAUGAAUGCAUCGUCCUGGUAAAACAGUUCCGGCCCCCCAUGGGGGGCUACUGCCUCGAGUUCCCGGCAGGUCUCAUCGAUGAAAACGAGAGCCCGGAGGCAGCUGCUCUUCGGGAACUUGAGGAGGAAACUGGCUAUAAAGGUGAUGUUGCUGAAUGUUCUCCAGCUGUAGGUAUGGAUCCGGGUUUGUCAAACUGUACCACACACAUCGUGACAGUAACCAUUAACGGAGAUGAUGCUGAAAAUGUAAGACCUAAGCCAAAGCCAGGAGACGGAGAAUUCUUGGAAGUAAUUUCCCUACCAAAGAAUGACCUGCUGAAGAGACUGGAUGCGCUGGUAGCUGAAGAACACCUGACAGUGGACGCCAGGGUCUACUCCUACGCCCUGGCACUGAAACACGCCAACACAAAGCCAUUCGAAGUGCCCUUCCUGAAGUUUUAAGGCCAAAGGACAGUGGCCGUGUUUUUGUAAACAAGACCACCAAGCCUCCUUCACUAAGACUUUGAAUUCAGCUUAGUCUAAUGUAGAUUUGAAAUUAGUUUUUUCAUAAAAUAAAAGCAAUACAGAAUGCAUUUGGCCGUAGAGAACUGUAAUUACAGGUAGGCUGUAGCCUUCAUUUUAAAUGCUACCCUCCAGCUAAUAGUAAUGAAAAAGAACGUAAAUGCAGAUAAUGUUUAAUCCAGUUUCUGUUUUGUUUUGUUUUUUUUUAAAGCUCAGCUGUUACCUUUCUAAUCUAGUCCAGGACAUAGAGGUAUUCCUAUAGGCAGAGACCUGAAAUCCAAAUUAGGUCAACUAGUCCCACCCUCAAACCCCAUAUAAAAUUCUGUAGCUGUGUAUGCAAAUAACUAUUUACUACAUUAGUGUUUAAAGGGUUUUUUAAAAAGACCUAUACAGGGACUUUUUGGUCCCUCCUAAUGGCAUUAUCUGCCAUAUAGAGUUAAUCUGCAUAGCAGAGGAUAUAAAAUAGAGAAUAACAUUCAUGAUAAGGAAGUGUUUACAUUCAGCUAGUGUCCUUCUAUCCACUUAACUACUGAACGUGAACCAGCUCAUAGGAAAAACAGUUGACUCCAUUCACUCUACCGGCUUAAGCGGCAAAUGAAAGUAUGGGGCCUUUCCCUCAAGCACGUGUACUUUAGAAUCCAAUUUCCUAUCCUUACCUCAAAAAGUACUUGCAGUUUCUAAAACCAAAUCCAAAGUCAUAAGAUUGACAUGGUUUGGGGCAUCGUUGUCUUGGUCUUAAACCGUGAGUCUAGCCAGCAAGGUUAGCAAGCACCAGAAACCCAGUACAAACUGCAUUCAAGGGAAAACUGAGGACACUGUUUCCGGCUCACACCAUGCCUGAAGCCCAUCAUCCCAAGGUCCACCCCUGUUCCUGAGCUGUUUUCUCAUCUCCUGAGCUCGGCUCUCAGGUUGACUGGCCUCCAGCAGCUCCAGGAUUACUUUCUUUCCCGUGGAGCCGGCACAUAUCUCAGGAUGCUUCUUCCUGGCCACCCCUAAGUCAUGUUUCCAGUGCAGGACCUGGGGGUCAGCCACGCCCAUCAGAACCAGCUCAAGUCGGGAUACUACUACCAGCAAUGCUGCAGUCUAGUACAAGCUGUCUUACCCAGAGAUUUUUAUGAGCAAAACCACAAAAUCUUUAUAUUGUACUUCUUAAACAAGGAUGGAAAGAAUUAUGGAACUAGAGGACCAUGUAGAUCGAGUCUCCUCUCCCUAUAAAUAUUGUGAAAAGUAAGCCCCAACGACUUGCUCUAAUAGUAGCCUUCCCCUGUGCCUCUAACACUUUUUUAAAAACCCUUUUUAAAAUCAUGGGCAUUGUGAUUCUCCAGAGAUCUUAAUCCUUUUCUCUGAGCUCUCAUGGACCAAGUCCUGUAAUUCCCCUUGUUACGACCCUCCUUCAAAUCAAGAAGAGAUAAGGCAUGUAUAAAAUAUACAGACUCGAGCACAGACCAGUCUCUCCAAACAGACCCGCUCUCCCAAAGCCACUCCCCGUGGGAACUGAGAAAGCUACUCUUAAAUGUUGAUGGAGGAGAGAUUUGUAACCCCUACCUGUCCUUUCUGCCUUGUUCUCUUCCUAAGAGUGCAAUCUAGGAGUGACAGCUAAGUCCUAGAACAUACCCCGAAUGACAUUUACGUUAUCUAUAAACAUCAAAGGCUGUGCUUUGGAAGUUAAGUCAGUCUGAGAACUGGCAGUCUGGAUGUUUUCAUUGGCUGGCACUGUUCAUUUGUCAGCAUUUAAAAGUUGAAGGUCUCCUAUAAAAAACCAUAUUUCCACCUUCUCUUGAAAAAUAAGUCGGUAUAAUAAUAGUGGGUCCCUGUCUCUGUGGUAGCUGUGGUCUGCAGCCCUCAGAGGUUCUCCAGUUGACCGCUGUGCCUGUCCUGCCUGCCUUCAUCUGCCUCGCCCCCACAGUUAGCUGCUGCCUUUGUGAUCCUAAGCUAAACAAGAUAUACUUCCUGCACUUACUAAGAAAGUAAACAACAAUGGAAAGAAAACCACACUUUUGAAAAGGAUACCUUUCAAAAAUUAAGUUUGAUCUCUGGACAAUAAAGUACAUGCUUUAAAAAAUGA